AUGGGUCGAGAAAUUACUCUUACAUUCGUCAAAAACGGGUGCAGAAAGCUACUUCUAGUCGACAUAUCUGUGAAGGGACUUGAAAAAACCGCAGAACUGGUCAAGGAUCUGAAUCCUCAAGCGAAGACCAAGUUGCAGGUCACGGACGUCUCGAGCUCUCAAGAUGUACAAAAUAUGGUAGCAGCAUGCGUCGAAACAUUCGGAAGAAUUGACUUUGCCUGUAAUAAUGCUGGUCUGGGGUUAGGAGGUGUGAAGACGGCCGAAAUGACUUCAGACUUCUUCGAUAAACUGUGUAAUGUAAACGAAAAGGGAGUUUAUUUGUGCGAAAAAUAUGAGAUCAGUCAGAUGAUCAAGCAAACGCCGCUCGUUGAGGCGGGCGACAAUCGUCAUGUUCGUGGCAGCAUCGUGAACACGGCCUCAUUGUGUGGCACGGCUGCGCUGCCGGAACUGAGCGCGUACAAUGCCUCGAAGCAUGCCGUCGUCGUCAUGUCUAGGGUGGAUGCUCGUCAAUAUGCACCUCAACUCAUUCGCGUUAACACGGUCAGCCCCGGGUUUGUCAUGACCCCAAUGAUGACUUCAGCUGGACUCAGUGAGGAAUACUUGAGCUCAAUCAAGGCGCAGAGUCCCAUGGGCCGGCUUACUGAGGCAGUUGAGGUGGCGGAGGCAGUGGUCUGGCUAUCUUCAGGUCGAGCAUCAGGGCUGACGGGAAUCAACAUGCAGGUAGACGCUGGGGCCAGUCUGUUCCAUGUCGUCUAA